AUCGGUUUUUCAGUUUAUGGAAAUAUGGAAAACGAAAUAAGAGAAGAGAGGAGAUAGGCUACAUAGGUUAACUUUAGUUUUUAUAAUAAUGAAAUAAUUUGUUACUUUAAUUAAUAAAUAAAAAUAAUUUGUUUACAAUCAGUGAAAUCUACUUUUCCUUAUAAAAUCAACAUGUUCGCUGUAAAAAAUGCAAUAAGAGCUGCUGUGAACAAUUUUGCACAAAAUGCUAGCAGUUUGCGAACUAUUGGACAGCAGAUGAAUAAUUCGGUCAAAUUAUUGGAUGCUGUGAAGCCACACGUUGCGACUCAGAGGAACUUCUGUUUGAUGACAAAACCAUUCACCUCAUUCGAGAGACCAUCAUGUUCCAACACUUGUGGAAUUUUAGCGUUCAGGAAAGACUUGCUUACAAAAACUCAAGAUGUAUCUGUACAGCAACAUAGAACGGUUAUCAAGUACAGUUUCACGCGUGGAAAGCGAAGGACCGUGAAAAAUGUAUUGUACAGAUUCUUCAGGCUCAACUGGGGAAUUUGGAUAAGAACAAAGUGUGGAAGACACAAGAAAUUGUACAGGAAAUCUUCAGCUCAAAAACGAAGACUGAGACAGCACGUGUUUUGCAAUGCAUCGCAGAGCUUCCUUCUUGAUAAAAUGGUGAACAGGCAUUGGAAGGCGCCCAAGUAUUACGUGGACGACCCCUAUGAACCCUAUCAGAAACGAGAGGAGUUUUGGAUUACAAGAAGAGCACCUAAACCUCCAACAAUUGCAUGAUUAGAAUCAAGUACAAACCUUAUGUAUAAUCCUAUUAUGAACUAUUGUAGAUCACAUUAUUUGUUUGAAUAAACUACUUGAAAAAUGUG